AUGUCAUUUCAAAGCCAUCAUGUUCAGAACAACCCGUUAGUCUAUACAGAUUUGUAUCAGGCUGGUUUACCACCGAUGCAGCUGCAGGGCGAAGGGCCAUUCUUGACGAUGUGUUACUUUCCACACUCCGACUUUGUAGUUCCGGCUCCGCCAGUUUCCAAAUACACUAAGAAAAAGCGUAGAUCAUUUGUCUUACCGAUUGUCGAUCCAAAAACGGGUCGAAAUAUAUUGGACGAUAUUUUUGUUCAAACAGAUAUUACGCAUCUCUCAUCAGCUAACGUGACGUCAUCGAAACAAGAAUCUCCAAGAAAAGAGCAACAAGAAACAUCUUUGUCCGAAUUAAAAUUACGCCUAAAAAAGAUAGAAGAAACAUGGGAAGAGUUCGAUAAAAUUCAAUCAGAAUUAGAAAUACUAGAUGCUUCGCAAGUCAACGAACGCGAUGUAUUUGAAGACAACUAUUUCAGGGUAGUUUCUAAAGCUUCUACAAUGACAGAGUCACUAGAAAAGCUUGCGAUGGCAAGCAGACAAACCGAAAGUCCAAUUCAACAAUCAUAUUUGAAAGGUGAGGCAGCGCAACUCUUACACUCAUUACAGCUAAGCGAAACUAAUUAUGACGUCGCGAUUGAACUUUUAAAAGAGCGUUUUGAAAACAAAAAAAUGUUAAUUCACAAUCAUGUGAAAAAUCUUUUUGAUUUAGCUCCGGUGCCUAGGGAGUCGCACGUAGCAACACGUAAGCUAAUCGAUACGAUUCAGCGAAAUACUCGCGCGCUACAAAAUUUAAAUGAACCUGUAAAUCAUUGGGACACUCCAAUAAUAUUCGUAACAAUAAGCAAAUUAGAUAAUCAAACUCGCAAAGAAUGGGAAGCUUCCACUACCAAGAUAACAAGCCCAAAACUAGAAGAUUUAUUGAAUUUUCUUAAAAAUAAAUGUCAAUUAUUAGAAACAAUAGACAAUAAAUCUGCUAGCAAGGACAAAACGCAUUCUCACGUUGUUACUAAUAACGAAAAGCAUUCAAACCAAUCAAAAUUUAAAUUCAGGUGCUCUUUUUGUAAACAGGACACGCAUGUCACAUAUAGGUGUCGCAAAUUGCUUGCCAUGUCAAUUAAAAAGAGAUUAAGCGAAUUAAAAAGGGCUCAAAUAUGCACAAACUGCUUGCAAAUCGGCCACAAAGCGGAUGAUUGCAAGGGAAAAACAUGUCAAAUUUGCAAUAAACGCCAUAACACCAUGUUGCAUGAUCCUGACUUUAAACUCGAAAUCAAAAUAAAUGAAAAUGUCAAAAACAACGAACCACAAAUCGAUAAUAUAAGCGAAGACAAAACGGUCGCCUUAACAUCCAAUUUUUAUUUGCCAAAUAAAAAUCAGGUAUUAUUAGCCACCGCGGUUAUUAAAGUUCUUGACAGCGACAAUAAAUUUAUUUCCUGUCGGGCGCUAUUAGAUUCAGGGAGUCAAUCUAACUUUUGCACUAAAGAAUUUUUUGAGCGACUUAAGUUACCAGGGAAACGUUUGGACCUGUCAAUUUCAGGUAUAAACGGAUCACCCUCCAACAUCUGUUGUCAAGUGGAUACGCAGUUAAUUUCUACUGACAAUAAAUACCAGGCAUCGUUGCCACUUCUAGUUGUCGACCAGAUAACAUCUGAAUUGCCACAAUAUUCUUUCGAUGUUACUAGACUGAGUAUUCCAAGCCAUUUACAUUUAGCUGAUGAUUGCUUUAACAUUUCUCAAGGCAUUGAUGUUUUACUCGGCGCAACUAUAUUUUUUGACAUUUUAAAUUAUGGUCAAAUGAAACUGGGAAAGAAAAAUCCCAUAUUGCAAAAUACAAAACUUGGAUGGGUGUUAGCUGGUCCAAUGCAAUGUAACGGCUUUGACAAUAAAUCGGAUAGUAAAUGUUUUCUUAAUGUUGACAAGUUAAGUCGACAAAUUGAAAAGUUUUGGCAACUCGAAAACGUCGAUAAUCCACAUUCAAAAUUGUCUAACGAGGAACUCGAUUGUGAAAUCCAUUUCCGUGAAAAUACGCGAGUCAAUUCGAAUGGACAAUACGAGGUAAAAUUACCGCUGAAAGAUUCUUAUGUCGAAUUAGGUCAAUCACUGCCGACGGCGAUAAAACGUUUACAUUUUCUUGAAAAGCGGCUAGCCAGGGCACCCGACACAGAGGCUCAGUAUAUUUCCUUUUUACGGGAGUAUGAAAAAAUGGGUCACAUGACUCGCUUAACUGAAAGGGAAAUAAAUGAAGCCGCCUUAUCAUAUUAUAUUCCACAUCAUGUAGUUUUUAAGGAUCAAAGUUGCACCACCCGCGCUCGCGUAGUUUUCGAUGCCUCGUGCGUUACCUCAACAGGCUUAAGUUUAAACGAAGUAAUGAAAUUAGGGCCGAAGGUGCAGAGUGAUUUAUUUGAUAUUAUUGUCCGAAUGCGCACUCACAAGAUAGUUCUUACGGCGGACAUCGAGAAAAUGUAUCGGAUGGUUUCAGUAAACAAAAUUCAUAGACCUUUGCAAAGAAUUAUUUGGCGCGAGGAUCACUCGCACGAAAUAGCUCAUUUUAAUUUAAAUACGAUUACAUAUGGACUAAAAAGUUCAAGUUUUUUAGCAACGCGUACACUUAAUGAAAUCGGGAGAAAUUCAACAGAUCCAAAAAUCCGAAAAAUCAUAAUGGAAGAUUUUUAUAUUGACGAUCUUAUUUCGGGCGCAGAAAAUGUUUCUGACGCGAUAAAACUUAAGCAAAAUGUUUCGGCUACCUUGUUAAAAUCAGGUUUUAAUUUACGUAAGUGGAGAUCGAAUGAUCUAAGUGUUCUAGAAAAUGAUAAUUUUAACACAAAUUCAGAAUUUUGCAUAAGGAGCAGCGAGGAGACCAAAACUCUAGGGGUUAUUUGGGAUCCGAUUAGUGAUACGCUUUGUUAUGCUUUUAAUUUAUCUAUUAAAGCCGAUCUAAUUACAAAGCGAAGUAUACUUUCCGGUGUUGCACAAUUAUUCGAUCCUUUAGGCCUCAUUAACCCGUGUGUGGUGAAGGCAAAAUUAAUUCUACAACAACUUUGGCAAAUCCAAGCAGAUUGGGAUUCCGAAGUACCGCAAGGCAUAAAAGAAAAUUGGUCAAAUUUUUUGGAAAACUUGCACUCGUUGAAUGACAUAAAGAUUGAUCGCAAAAUUUUUAGCCCGGACUACACUAAAAUUGCUUUACACGGUUUCUGCGAUUCAUCCAUGCACGCGUACGGCGCAUGCAUCUAUGCAUUGUCCGAAAAUUCCUAUGGGGAAAGAAAAUCAAAUUUAAUUUGUGCAAAAUCGAAACUUGCACCUUUAAAAACACAAACACUACCUAGACUAGAAUUAUCAAGCGCAUUACUUUUAUCCCAGUUAAUGUCGAAAGUAGUACGAAUUUUACGAGUCCCAAUUUCCUCAGUUACCUGUUGGACAGAUUCUAUGAUAACACUUUCAUGGAUUAAUUCGGAACCGAACAAGUGGAAAACAUUUGUUUCGAAUCGGGUUUCGGAAAUACAAAUAUUAAGUGAAAAUUCAUCGUGGAAACACAUUGAAUCGGAAAAUAACCCAGCUGAUAUUAUUUCACGUGGUUUAAACCUAUCGGAGUUAAAGAAUUGCCAAAAAUGGUUUCAAGGUCCUACCUUUCCUAUCGAGGAAGAAAGCUCCUGGCCUAAAACGCAUAUUGUUAAUAUGCCCGACUUACCUGAGGCGCGAAAAGAAAACAUCAUUUUAUCUUUUACUUUAUUAAAUAAUCUUGGCUUAAUAGAACGUUUUUCAACUUAUCGAAAAUUGAUUCGUAUCACCGCAUAUGUAUUGCGAUUUGGCUACAAUUUAAGGCACAAAAAGGCAAGGCGAUUUGAUACACUGCUUCAAUGUGAGCUUGACAAUGCAAUUACCAAAUUAUGUAUCAAUAUUCAACAUCAAGUUUUUCAGACGGAAAUUAAAUGUUUAAAUUCAAAUCAAAACAUUCCAAAAGGCAGCAAGUUGCUUGCUUUAAGUCCAUUUAUCGACGAAAUUGGUUUACUGCGCGUAGGAGGACGUUUGAAAAAUUCUCAUCUUGCUUUUAAUCAUAAGCAUCCAAUUGUUUUGCCCAGCAAACAUCAUUUCACUAGGCUUUUAAUUGAACAUUAUCACAGAAAAUAUUUACACGCUGGUACCCAAUUUAUUCUCGAGAGGAUAAGAGAGGAUUUCUGGCCGCUGAACGCAAAAAACCAGAUCCGCAGCGUUUUGAGAAAAUGCAUGGUAUGCUUUCGUGUAAAACCUUUUAAUAUAAGUCAACAAAUGGGUUCAUUGCCUCAACCUCGCGUUACUCCCUCUAGACCUUUUACAUUCACCGGAAUUGAUCUAGCUGGACCUUAUUUUACUAAGGCAUCCAAAACUCGAACAAAAAUUUUGAUCAAAACUUACUUGACGGUGUUUGUUUGUUUGUCAUCAAAAGCGGUUCACAUAGAGAUAAUUACAGAUCUUACUUCUGAAGCCUUUAUGGACGCGUUUAAGCGUUUCGUAUCCCGUCGAGGACUUCCAAAGCAUCUUUACAGCGAUAACGCUAAAAACUUUGUGGGUACGAAUAACAUUUUUCACAAAUUCUACGAAAGCGUUGCUCAAACUGCUAGCAAUGAAACUCAAAGUAAUUAUUUCUUGGAAAAUCGCAUUACUUGGCAUUUUAUACCCGCGAGAUCUCCGCAUCACGGUGGAAUUUGGGAAUCCGCUAUAAAGUCAUUUAAGAAUCAUUUACAAAAGGUAAUGGGUGAAACAAAGUUAAAUUACGAACAACUAUAUACAGUCGUUGUACAAAUUGAAGCUAUCUUAAAUUUGAGACCUCUCCUUCCCUUAUCAAGUGAUCCCACGGACCUACAAUCUCUGACGCCAGGACACCUAUUAAUAGGUGGAAAUUUAUUAGCCACACCUCAACAUGACGUAACCGAAAUUCCCAGCAAUCGUUUGAAAAAUUUCCAUCAGUUGCAGCAAUUGGUUCAAAAUUUUUGGAAGCUUUGGAGUCAUUCCUACCUCCAUACUUUGCAGCAGCGUGGAAAAUGGCACGUAAAAUGCGAAAACAUCAAAGUGGAUGCGUUAGUUCUACUCAAGGACGAAAAUUUGCCGCCGUUACAAUGGUCAAUGGGUCGCGUUGUAGCAGUCCAUCCUGGAACCGACAACUUGGUGCGGGUGGUUUCCAUACGCACAAGGAACGGGAUAGCCAAGCGGUCAAUCAACAAGAUAUGCCCGUUACCCGUGGACGAGAUCAAUAUUUCUGCGCUUUGA